AUGAAAUCAUUUAUUUUAUUAUUAUUUUCAUUUUGUUUGGUUUUUGGGUCUCCACUUAUUGACUCACCUUCAAAACAAAUCAUUUGGUCAGAUUUUUUUGGAAUUAAUUUUCAAAAUGAAUUUUUUAAUGUGACAGUUGCUCAAAGUCAAAUUUUAGCAAUUAAAGAAUUAGGAAUUGAAUGGGUUCGUGCAAGUUUUCAUUGGGCAUAUUUAGAAAGUACUGAAGGCAAUUUAAGAUUUGAUUUAUAUGAUCCAGUUAUGAAUUUAAUUAAAAGUAAUGGCUUGAAAUCAAUUGUCUAUCUCGUUGGUACACCAGAUUGGUGUAGUAGUUAUGAUCCUUCAACAGCUGGUAAUGUUUCAAAAAGUGAUACUUUCCCACCUUCAAACAAUACAAGAUUCGCUGAAACAAUGAUUAUUUUAAGUAAUCGUUAUUCAUUUGUUGAUUUUUGGGAAGUUUGGAAUGAACAAAAUUUAAUACCAGCAUUUUUUGCACCAGUUUAUUCAUUUCAAAAAUAUAAUGAAAUUUUUCAAGAAACUAAAAGAUUAUUUUCAAAUGAUGGUAAAGCAUCGAAAUUGGCAGUUGGUGGAUUGGGAUAUUAUGGUUUUUCAAGUACUGGUGAGAAUAUGAUUGCAGAUUUAAUGACAACUAAAACUUUUGAAGGUGUAAUAGCAGGUUAUCAUCCAUAUACUGAUUUACCAGAGGGUGGUAAUGGUCAAUUGCCCGCGAGUCCAUAUGCACAUUAUGCAACAGCAAGAUACCUUAAUUCUAUAUUAUCAAGCCAAGGAAAAGCAUAUCAAAUUUGGUCUACCGAAUAUGGGUGGUCAAGUAGUGGUGAAGGUAAUGUCUCAAAACCAGUUCAAGCCGAAUUCGGUAUAAAACGAUUACUAAUUGACAGUUUAGUAAAUUUUGAUAAAUCAUUCAUUUUCACAACUAGUGAUCUUGAUGGUAACGCAUCGUCAGUGAGAGAUCAAGGAUAUGGGUUUGUUGAUUUAAUGUUAAAAAAGAAACCAAUUUUCAAUUCAUUUUUUAAUUUAUUCACUAUAACAGGACCAAAAGUUGAUGAAAUCAGUUCAGAAGAAAUUAAUAGUUAUAUUACAAUAUCAAGUUUGGGUGAUGAUUUUGUUGGUAUAUUUUAUAAAAAAUUGUCAACUAAUACAACAUUGUUUGUAUUUUGGUCACCAUCUCAAACUGUAAAAUCCUUAACUUUAAAUCUUUUCAAUGUAUCUGCAAAUUUAUAUCAAGUCUCUGAUAAUACUACUCAAUUUUAUUCAGCAACAAUAAAUUCAAAUACAAUUUCAUUAACAAUAACUGAAAAUGUUCAAAUUUUUGAAUGGCCAAUAAAGAAAUCUUCAUCAUCAACAUCAUCAUCAACAUCUACAACCUUUUCAUCAUCAACAUCUUCAUCAUCGACAACUACAACCUCUUCAUCAACAACUACAACCUCUUCAUCGACAACUACAACCUCUUCAUCAACAACUACAACUUCAACCACAACAUCAAAUUCAACACCAAACCCAGAAAAUAGUAAUAGUGAUGAUAUAAUAAAUUUUUUUUUUUUUUUUUAUUUCUUUUUUUUUACUCAAAAUUUAGUGGUUUGUGAUUUUAUAUAUUGUUUUUUUUUUUUUUUUUUUUUUUUAAUUGGAUAUUUAAGUAAAAAUUUGAAUGUUUUUUGCAGUGCUCAUCAAUAUUAUUUUUUUUUUAUUUUUUUUUUAUUUUUUUUUUUUUAA